AUGCCUCCACGAAAAUCAGACGUUAUUGAGCCAAAGACACCCACACGUCGCUCAAAGCGAGGACAGCCUCUCGCUACCAUUGCGACUCCGGGGCUCUUCGACCUUUCUUGGUGUGGUAGCCCAGCCCACGUUCACCCACUCAACCCCGAAUUGGAUCUCAGACUCGAAGAUCGCGAAGAAUGGGAGAAACUCGACGAAGUGGAAAGGCAAGAGAAGACGACGAUGUUUUACGAUGCUUUUCAACGAAAGAAACCAACGGUUGCCAAGAAGACAUACGGAAGGAAAAAGUCAUCAGCGAAGCAGGCUGUCGAGAACACUGAGACGUUCCGGGUGGGGGACACGGUUCUCGUUUCCAAUGGGAACAGUCGAUAUCCUAGUGUUGCGGUCAUAAUUGCAUUAUGGGAAACCGAUCUGAAAGAGGCAGGUGAUGAGCCACCGUCAAAGACCAUGUACGUCCGGGUACAUUGGUUUUUGAGGCCCAAAGAGCUGCCUAGUGUACGCGCCAAACGGGAAGCUUUCGAGAAUGAGAUAUAUUACACACUCUCGGAAAAUGUGAUCCUUGAUACACCUGAAGCUAUAAUACGGCAUUGCGUUGUUCACGACAUUUUUACGAAGAGGGAAGACAGCGACGAUAGUGACGAGGAAGGCUCAGGCCCUGCACAGCAAGAGUUUGUCUGUCGAUUCGCAGUGCAUUCUCGCCUAGGGCUAUAUUAUACCUUUCCUUGGAAAAAUCACCAUGAAAUGGCAAUGGCUUCUAUGAACCGCGGAACAAGAGACCAGCGGGCGUCCGGCGAAUUUUGGAGAGUCUUGGUGGAUGCAUUUCCAAGUAAGCCGAAGCCGAAGCCGCGUGGAAAAAAACGAGAAGACAUAGAUUUAGGAGCGGACGAGUCUAGCGACAGUCAUUCUGACGAUGCCUACAUAGAAUCGUCGGACAAUGCUGACGAUGACGAUGAACUUCCAGUGGCAGAGGCAGCAGAAAGCGAAGAGGAAAUAUUAGACGAAGAGGAAUAUGACGAACCCAAGACACCAAGUAGGAAACGGAAACGGGUUACUGCAGCAGCGACACCUCGAAAACGCUCAACACGAGCCAUUGCUCAACCUACGCCUCAUUCGAAAGUCGCUCUAGCUCGAAGAGCACAAUCGUCGCCCAAGAAACGUCAAAAGUUCACGAGACUUCCGCAGGCCUCCUACGUUGCCGACAACUUCAUCAACACCCUACCAAAGGACCCAUGGUUGCGCGCGAUGCAUGCUCUACAUGUAGGCAGUCGUCCAGAUGCAUUGCCGUGCAGGGACGAUGAAUACCAACACGUCCUUCGCAGCGUUAGGGACCUCUUGGAGGAAGGUAGCGGUGGAUGUAUUUAUAUAUCGGGCGUCCCUGGUACAGGAAAGACAGCCACAGUACAUGCCGUUAUUCGCGAGCUGAAAAGGUUAGCAGAAGCUAGUGAGACGAAUCCAUUUACUUAUGUCGAGAUCAAUGGACUUCGGAUUCCCGAACCAAACGCUGCUUAUAACGUGCUAUGGGAAGGCAUUUCUGGACAUGAUGUUAAGAAAGACGGACAUCUGCAAAUCAGUGCUAAAGAAAGUCUCAAAGCGUUGACAAAUUACUUUGGUAGUGGGCGUACCAAAGGGCCUGGAGGACAUGCAUGCGUCGUUUUGAUGGACGAACUAGAUCAACUCGUCACAGCAAGGCAGGAUGUCGUUUACAACUUCUUCAACUGGCCUACCAUCGCUGGAAGCCAGCUUGUCGUCAUCGCUGUUGCAAAUACUAUGGAUCUUCCAGAACGAGUAAUGACUGGGAGAGUCAGGAGUCGAUUGGGGAUGGUCCGUAUCAACUUCACCCCGUACAAGGUCACACAGUUGACCGAGAUUGUCAAUGCAAGGUUAGAAAGUGCGAAGAAAAGUCUUGGGGAUGAAUCCCAAGAUGUCAUCAAUAAGGAUGGCAUCAAAUUCGCAGCCAUGAAAGUGAGCGCAAUUAGUGGCGAUGCUCGGAGGGUACUGGAUAUUUGUCGGCGUUCGGUAGAAGUCGUUCGUCCGGAAAAGAAAGUGGCGUCUUUACCUACGGUCAAGGAGGUGAUCAGUGUUAUGCAGAACAGCCCAACGGCUGCAUACCUACGGGAAUGCAGUUUCCACGAACGUUUGAUGCUUGCGGCGCUGGUGAAAUGUGUCAAACGGGAGGGGGUGGAAGAAAUCAAAUGGGGUGAAGUUCAACACCAACACCUGAUCUACAUGAACGUGCUCACUUCUGAGUCCGACUCGACGCGAAAGCCUACAACACGCGAACUCAAUAUUGUGCUGGAAUCACUGAUAGCGUCUCGGGCCAUGCUUAUAGAAGAUGGUGUUGCUGCGUCGAGGAAGGCGGAGGGAGACAGGAAAGUCAUCCUGAAUCUGGAACAGAGCGAAGUGGAGAGGGUACUUAGUGAAGUUGGAGGUUCGAGAUGGAAGAAUGUACUAAGUGUAUGA